CGGGAUCGUGAUUCGGAAAAAUCGAGAGGACAACAAAGAUGGCGCUUUCGCAAUAGAGAAUCGAAAAAUUGUUGACAGUUAAAGUUUAACUUGUGAAACAUAUCUGAUCAUCCACGAUGUCUUAUUGGUUCCACAGAAAUCCUCUUAAGGCAACGUCUAAUCUUACUUUUGAGUUGGCAGGUGUAUCAACUGAUGAUAAAACACGGCAGAUAUUCGCUCAGAUGAGGCAAACCAGGAACAAACUGCUUGAAAUGUUAACCGACCCAAACCAUGACAUGACAACUAUGGAGAAAGCUGUCAAUGACUACUUCUCCUUAUUACUUGGCUUAAUACAACCAUUUGAGGAAAAUGAAUCUGAAAACAAACUGAGAAGAGCCAUUAAAUACAGAUGGACCAACAGCCUUUUGGGAACUGUUGUCAAGGAACAGCAGGAUUCUGUGUAUGAAGCUGCCAGCAUGGCCAUUAAUGUGGGACUGUGGUACACCAAGCAUGCUGCCAAGUUAGCUGCUAAAGAAGAACCUGAUAUGGAAGAAGCGAAAGAGGUUCACAAGUGUUUGAAGAUUGCAGCAGGAGUAUUUACAUAUGUGAAGGAUGAUUUGAUUGGACGACUCUCUGACAAUACAGAGAAUGCAAUAGACACAGACAGCCGAGUUCUGGAUGCAUACAUUGGACAGUGCACAGGGGAGGCUCAGGAAGUCACACUGGCUCGAGCUGUUGAGAUGAAGCAUUCCGCAAGCUUGAUAGCUGCACUAUCUCAUGAGACAUCUCAACUUUAUCAAAAAGCAGAUGAUGCUCUACAGAGUCUUGACAUUAAAGUUGUUGGCAAGUGGAGAAAAUAUUUUCAGUUGAAGUGUGAAUUCUAUAAGGCUUAUGCUUAUUGCUACCAGGGUGAGACACUGCUGGCCCAGGAUAAAUGUGGGGAGGCUGUAAGGGGGCUCCAGGAAGGGGUCAAAUGUUACGAGAAGUCUGAGGCACUGUGCAGAGAGUAUGCUAGUGCUAAGGGGCUGGGAACAUUUGCCCGACCAGCCAAUCAUCUCUUCUUUAGGAAGCUUGGGCCGGUCUUAAAGAGAACACUGGAAAAAUGUGAAAGAGAAAAUGGAAUGAUUUACCAUCAGAAAGUGGCAUAUGAUCCCCCAAUUUUAGAACUGAAGGCCACUUAUGGACUCGCAGCCCCCGAGCCAUAUACCCCGCCAGCCCUGAACCCUCUGUGGAGCAAGGAGGUUUAUGAAAAAAUGAACUCCAAAAUGGCUCCCAAGCCUCAAGAAGAUAAAGAAAAGAAGGAUAAACCCGCUGAGCUGCCCCCUGUCAAGGAGAAAGAGACCCCCAUGUCGGAGAAGGACCCCGGCAAUUUCAGUGGAUGUGUACUAUCGUAAUGGAUGUUCAGAGAGCGCUACUGAACUGUGUAGUGAAUAUGUAACAGCAAUUAUUUGAACAAAAUCAUUUCCAUAUGACUGUAAAUCAAGAUAAGUUGUGAGAGAAAAAUACCUUUUCUUUUUAGUUGAAGCAACAAACAUGCUACUCUGUGACACUUUGUGUUGUAGAAAUACAAAUUCAAAUGUAGCCUCGUUAAGAAAAUGGUUUGGAUUACUGGGUAUGUGAAUUGUAUAGAGUAGGUUAUGGAAUGUUCCCUGCAUUUGAAGGGAAUGAAAGUCUUUCAAGUCUGUGUAAUAUGAUGUCUGUAAUCAGUGUUUGCCGUCUUGUCUUUAAAUUCAAAUUUUUUCGAUGGACAUGUACAUAUAAUUUCAUGUUAAUAUUAGCCUAAAGAUGUACAUAUACCUUAUCAAUGUUCAUCAUCUCAAAUUUUUGUUUAACCAGAAUUUAUUUUUAAUUUAUUGCAACAUUUAUUGCAUUUAUUGUUAAAAUUCCGAAUGUGUACUCAACCACAGAAAUUUUACAAUGAACUGUAUGGAAAAGGAACAAUUUUCUGCAUUACCUUAUAGCAUGUACCGUAAAACAAGUGGUAUUUAAGUCGAAUAAAAAUGUUCAACUAUUAUCUCUGACAUUUGUUUUUUUGUUUUAAAGCUUAUUGGUCAGAGAUAAGUCUGUUUGAUUUUAUGGUUGCAAACUGUUUGUAUGCUUUUGAAGGUAAUAAAUAACUUUAAAAUCUACCAUGCUAGUGUAUUUUACCAACAGCAAAUUUCUGUAUUAACAAAAUUACCAUACCCAUUAUUUUUCACCAAUGACAAAUUCCUGUAUUGUUCACCAGUAGACAAUUUUCAUGAAUGUUUUUAAUUUGGUUUCUUUGUAAAAUCUGCAAAAAUCUUCACAGCACAGUUUACCAUAUUUACACUUGUAUGCUUACCUGGUGUGAUAUUGAUUGAAAAACUGGGCAUAUUUUUGUACUGUGUUGAUGUGUGUAACUAUAUACAUGUAUUAGUUUAUUACCUCCACUGGCAGUACAUUUUAGAUUGCUUACAGAGUUUAAUAUACACAUACAUGUAAACAUUAAAAUCUCAAACUCAUCAUGUUGGAGAGGUCCAAGAGAAAACUUAAGAGCUAAGGGUAUUUGUUAUUGAGGUAUAAAAAGUUUCAGGGACCUUGAAAUCUUUUGGACAUAUCCGUGCUAUUCCAUAUACCAUAGUUUGACUGACUUUUGUAUAGAAUUAGUUAUGAAUUCAAAUUUUUUGAAUAUUGGGAAACACCUACAGAGGGCUCCACUUAAUCGGAUAGCGGUUAAACUGAUAUUUCCAUUAUUCUGAUAUAAUAAUAAAACACCAUACCAUUUCUUACAUAUUCCUUUAAAUUUUUUUCCUGAUUAUCUGAUAAGAAAAAAAUGCCAUAUUCAGUUAAUCUACCUAAUAGGAUUGUGACCGUGUAAUACAUGUACACAUGUAUUGAAAAAAUCAUUUUACAAAAUAUUGUUGUAUAUAUUGUGCAUGUGUGUUGUUUACUGAUAUGCAUUAUUCACAUGUGUAACAUUUUACAACAGGAUGCAGAUUGUUGUAAUUGUAUCAUGUUCCAGUCUAAAUAUAAUCUGUGCAUACAUGUAAACAAUAAUAAUUACAUGUAUCUUUAAUUACAUUUUUUACCCUUUAGCUAUUUAGAUUGGAUUUGGAGAUUGGGAAAAAUAUUAAAGUAUACUACAAAUGGACUUGUGUAUCCAUAGAAUUAAAGUUCAAAACCUAUAAUGUUUUUAGGUGACGAUAAGAACUGGCAUUAAUGCUCCACUGUUAACUGUGGCUUAGUAUGUCGUUUAUUAAGUUAUUGAAUAAAUUUUGUUUUCUUACUUUUGAUACAUGUACAUGCACAUAUAGAAAUAAUGUAAGUUCUUGUAUUUAUCUUUUAAGGUUAUAAGAUGUUUAUUGCAUUUCAUAUGAUGACAAAUCUGAAGCCAAAAUUAGAUGAUGAAAAUAUGAAUAUUAUAAAGCAAUUUCUUUUUUAUGAAGAGUAAUAAAUUUAGAGUAAUGUU